AUGGCUCAGUACAAGGGCACGAUGCGCGAGGCCGGCAGGGCCAUGCACCUGAUCAAGCAGCGGGAAAAGCAGAAGGAGCAGAUGGAGGUGCUGAAGCAGCGGAUCGCCGAGGAGACCAUCAUCAAGUCGAAGGUGGACAAGAAAUUCUCGGCUCAUUACGACGCCGUGGAGGCCGAGCUGAAGUCGAGCACGGUGGGCCUGGUGACCCUGAACGACAUGAAGGCCAAGCAGGAGGCCCUGCUGAAGGAGCGAGAGAGGCAGCUAGCCAAGAGGGAGCAGUUGGAGGCGCGGCGGCUGCAGCUGGAGGCGCUGCGGGAGAAGGAGCGCAAGCAGGAGCAGAAGCGCAAGAUCUGCAGCCUGUCCUUCACGCCCGACGAGGGCGACGCGGGCGACGCGGGCGACGCGGACGCGGAUGCGGCGGCUGGGGAGCGGCCCAGGUCCGUGGGGCUGAGCAAGAGGAAGAAGAACCUGGGGAAGAAUCCAGACGUGGACACGAGCUUCCUGCCGGACCGCGAGCGCGAGGAGGAGGAGAACCGGCUGCGGGAGCAGCUGCGGCAGGAGUGGGAGGCCAGGCGCGAGAAGGUGAAGCGCGAGGAGAUGGAGGUCACGUUCAGCUACUGGGACGGCUCGGGACACCGGCGCACGGUCCGCAUCCACAAGGGCAGCACGGUGCAGCAGUUCCUGAGGAAGGCGCUGCAGGGGCUGCGCAAGGACUUCCGCGAGCUGCGGGCGGCCGGCGUGGAGCAGCUCAUGUACAUCAAGGAGGACCUGAUCCUGCCCCACUACCACACCUUCUACGACUUCAUCGUCACCAAGGCCCGGGGCAAGAGCGGGCCGCUCUUCAGCUUCGACGUGCACGACGACGUGCGGCUGCUGAGCGACGCCACCAUGGAGAAGGACGAGUCGCACGCGGGCAAGGUGGUGCUGCGCAGCUGGUACGAGAAGAACAAGCACAUCUUCCCCGCCAGCCGCUGGGAGCCCUACGACCCCGAGAAGAAGUGGGACAAGUACACGAUCCGAUGA